GUCAUUUCUGACUUCGACAUGACGCUGAGCAGGUUCGUGCGCAACGGCAGACGCUGCCCCACUUCGCACAAUAUCCUGGAUAACAGUCGUGUUAUCAGUGAGGACGGCAAGAAGAAGCUGAAAGAUCUGCUGCACUAUUACUACCCCAUCGAAAUCGAUCCCAACCGGACCCUGGAAGAGAAACGGCCGCUCAUGGUGGAGUGGUGGACCAGGGCCCACGAGCUGCUGGAUGGAUUCAAUGAAUUGUUUGAUCAGCUGCAUAAGUACAAUGUCCCCCUCUUCAUCUUCUCUGCUGGGGUCGGUGACAUCCUUGAAGAGAUUAUCCGUCAGGCCAACGUCUUCUACUCAAACGUCAACGUGGUGUCCAACUACAUGGACUUUGACGAUAAUGGCGUCCUCACGCGUUUCAAGGGGCCCCUCAUCCACACCUACAACAAGAACAACAGCGUCCUGCAGGGUACGGAGUAUUUCCAGCAGCUGAGCACUAGGACGAGCAUCAUCUUGCUGGGGGACUCCAUGGGUGACCUGACGAUGGCCGACGGCGUUCCCAGCGUGGAGAACAUCCUCAAGAUUGGCUUUCUCAACGACAAGGUGGGUGUGAGAAGCAGGAAAUACCUGGAUGCCUACGACAUCGUGCUGGAGAGCGACGAGACGCUGGAUGUCGUCAACGGGAUUCUCCGGUACGUCCUUAUCGAGACAUGA